AUGAAUGAACAACUGAAAACUGUGUCCGCUAUGAAUAAGCUGUAUAUAGGCAACCUCCCGACCCAAGCCGAUGAGGAAGCUGUGCGGCAGCUGUUUGCGGAGCAUAACCUGACUGCAGCAGACAUCUCAGUUAAACGCAGUGGCUAUGCAUUUGUGGAUUUUCCCGAUCAAUCCGCUGCUGAUCGUGCCAUCGACAAACUUCAUGGCUAUUUAUAUUGCGGUCUACCCCUAAUCGUCGAACCUUCUGUCGCAAACAAGAAGAUUGUGAACGCGCCGAUCUUGCAAAGUGCCAGCGCCGUACAAUUAAAGGAAACCAGCACUGAUUCGUCGACUGCAGGCGGUGGUUGGCGG